UUAUCUAUUCUUUGUUUUUAUUUUUUUAAGUGUUUAGUGUAGUGCUGGCGCCUUUUUGUGAAUACAAAAAUAUUAUGGUGUUCGAUUUUUAAAUAGGUAAAGACAUUGGUGAUUCGAAUGAAGUGUAUUUGAUACUGGCAGUAACAAUGGAUUUCUUCGAUCGAGACAUGUCAAAUGCGCCGACUAUCCCUGAGUUCUACAAAGGGAAGACCAUUUUCAUCACGGGCGGUUCUGGUUUCAUGGGUAAGGUUCUGAUAGAGAAGCUUCUUUAUUCGUGUCCUGAGAUCGACAGGAUAUACCUGCUUCUGAGGAACAAGAGAGGGGUCAGGGCUGAGAGCAGACUAGCGCAAAUUUAUGCUUCUGCAUGCUUCGACCGCCUGAGAGCAGAAAAACCAAAUAUUUUCUCAGAAAAAGUAUUUUUUGUUGGCGGAGAUGUGAUGGAGCCAGCGUUAGGUUUGAGCGAAGAAGACAGGGCUUUGCUAGUCAACAGAGUGAAUAUUAUAUUCCACGUUGCUGCCAGUGUCAGAUUCGACGACCCUUUGCCGUAUGCAGUAAAACUGAACCUCGGAGGUACUAAGCAGGUUGUAGAGUUCGCGAAAGAGGUCAGGGAUUUGUCGGUCAUGCUGCAUGUCUCUACCUCAUACUCGAAUACUAAUAGGGAUACGAUUGAAGAGAUCAUGUACCCACCGCACGCUGAUUGGAGGGAGACCAUGGAUAUUUGUGAGAAUCUGGACGAGCACACGAUUAGGGUGCUGACGCCUAAAUACUUAGGCGAGAUACCCAACACGUACACUUUCACAAAGCAGUUGGCUGAACACGUGGUGUAUGAACAGAAAGGAAAGUUACCAAUUGUCAUGGUCCGUCCAUCCAUUGUUGUAUCCAGUGUUAGCGAACCGGUUCCAGGUUGGAUAGAAAACUUCAACGGACCAGCUGGUAUUUUGGUGGCUUGCGGCAAAGGAAUCAUGCGCAGUUUAUACACCGAGCCAGACCUCAUAGCUGAUUAUAUGCCCGUGGACAUUUCCAUCAAGAGUAUGAUUGUAGCCGCCUGGAUGAGGGGGACUUUGAAGUUAUCAUCGACUGAUGACAUUCCAAUCUACAACUGCUGUGCUGGCAACCUAAACAACAUCACCAUGGCCGAGAUGAUGGAUAUAGGUAUCAAGAUGGCUGCCCUUAUGCCGCUAAAUGACAUGCUGUGGAAUGUUGGCGGGUCUAUCACUACUUCAAAGACAAUACAUUAUAUUAAGGUGCUCCUUCUACAUUGUCUUCCAGCGUUAUUUGUGGACGCUCUUCUGUGGCUGAUGGGAAGGAAACCAAUGUUGCUCAAAGUCCAACGGCGCAUUUACAUAGCCAACCUCGCUUUACAAUACUACAUCACCAAGCAAUGGAACUUCAACAAUGCGAACUUCGUGAAAAUCCGAGCGCGCAUAAAGCCGGAAGAUUACCAACAUUUCUAUUAUGAAAUGGAGACUAUUGAUAGGAACGAGUACUUCAAGAUGUGCUGCAUUGGCGGAAGGAAGUAUCUGCUGAAGGAGAGGGAUGAGGAUCUACCGAAGGCCAAGGCACACUUUACCAGAAUGGUGGUAUUAGACAAAGUGGUGCAGUGUAUAUUUUACGGGAGCCUGUUCUGGUGGCUGGUCAACACCAGCCACGUCCAGAGUGUACUACAUUUCUGUGUUAACUGAUCAUUUCAUUGUGGUGUAUGUGAUUUUAUUAAAAAAAAAAUGUUUUUUUAAUUUGAUAACUUUUUUUUUUAAUCUAUUUGUAAAACUUUAUUGACCUUUUAGCAACAAAAGAAUGCAUUAUUUACAAUUUUAUUUAGAUAUUAUGUGUGAACACUGCCCAAGUAACAAUUAGGCGCUAAAGUAAGAUUUAUAAUAAGUCUAUAAAAGCGCUAACUAGAUUCUAAAGUGGUUUAUGGGUGUAACAAAUUAGUGUUAGAGCGCGCUCUAACCCUACUUUACCCCCGAAUUAGGCACAAUUUUUAUAUUACUUAAGGUUGUAUAAUGACGGUAUACAAGAGUUAUGGUAAUUGGCUAAGAGGUACAAUCAGUGCUAUAAGAAAGUUAUUAUAGCGGUAACAGGAUCUCUUAGCGAUACAAGAGGGGUAAAUAAGCGUCAACUGACUCCUUAAGCGGUACAGUAGAGAUACAAUGGCGUUAAUUAUAUUUUCAAGCGCUAAAAGGGAGGUAAAUAGGUGUUUUGUAACGGUCUGAACGCUAUUCAAGAUAAUUAAACUAAUUUUGUGAUCUAAUAAUAAAUAAUUUUAUUUUCAAUGGCUAUAAGUUUACGACUAAUGAUUUUUAUAUUAAACAAAAAAAAGUGAUAUUGUAUGGUGCGAAAGGAAGCAUAUUUUUGCUGCGAAGGGAAGUACACUGUGAAUAUGUUACAUAAUUAUUGGCAAAUAAUUCGAGCGCCCGAUGUAUGUUGUCUAUUUACUGAAAACUUUUCCACGUAUUUACAACAAUUUUUGUUUAUUUUGGUUGCGACGCCAUUGUCAAAAACAAGUAGUCAAUAUAAGAAAUACAGUAGUGACCUUAAGCGCUAUUACUUUACCUUUAGUCACAAAAAAGUAACAAUAGACGCUAGAGGAUCUGUUAUAGCGAAAAAUUAUACUCCUAUUUGACUUAAGGUAAUGCAAGAGAGUUUUGUAUAACUUCAAGCAUUUGGUUCUAUAUAAGAUUAAAUAAACACCAUUGUAAGGCUGGUAGCGCUUAUUAACGCUAUUGUGCAACUUUGGGUUCUUGUAAAGAGUUUAUUAUCACCUGCAUAGCACUUUUGGAGGUAGUAGCUAAUUCUUAUUCUUAUUUAGAUCUUAGAGUUCUAAGAUUCACUUAAAGCUAUAACACAAAAUGCUGUGCAUGUACAACAGUGUUAAGAUUUGCCAUAAUACAUCCAUAACCUUUAAGCUCGCCUAAUUGUCGGGCUUGUAACUCUGUAUUAUAAGUAGAAGUGAUAUACGUUACUUGGUACGCCACUUUAUCGCCAAUAGUCAUAAGUGCUGCUACUGUAAUGCCUUUGUAGCCCACUAAGUAACAAAAUAAGCUCUAAUCGUCGCCUAAAUGUUUGUUGGGUGUUUUACUGGUGUUUUUUUUUUUUAUAAAACUAACGGUACAUAUUUUUAUUUUUAAAACAUAGAUACACUUUACGAAGAAAUAAAUAUGACAAUUGUUUAAAUUUUGUAUUUAGCGAAGAAAAAACACAGUGAGUAGGUACCAGCUGCUUCUCUUCUUGUGCAGAUUUUGAAAGUUAAUCAAGGGGAAGGCUUAUAAACUUGGGAUUCCUCUUGUAGGCGAUGGGCUAGCAACCUAUCACUAUUUGAAUCUCAAUUCCACCAGUAAUGUGGGUUUUCAGUCUUAUCAAGACUUUUGUCUCUGUCUACUCGGUCAAAAUGUCAAAAUCAAAACUUGACCGUACACUACAACAGACUAUAAAAAACUAUUUUUUUUCGUGACUUAUUCAACCUUUAAGAAGGGAUAUGUAACGAUAUUUUAUAAGGGGCACGUUCAAUUAUUAUUAUUAUCUAAUAAAAAUCAUAUAUUAAAUAAAAUCUCUUUAUUCUUUCAAUAAUAUCGUACGUGG